GCUUAGUAGUUUGAUUUCGCUGCUUUUUGAAUUGCUGGCCAUGAUCCUGCCGCGGAGGCUCGUGCAGCUCUUGGUGCUGCUGGCCCAGAGCGGACGGUGGGGGGUCGCGCCGAGCCCCACCGACGAGGGAGCGCUCCGGGCCGGACACGGGGAGCACGGAGAGCCGGGACACCAGGAGCCACACAAGGACUCCUACAGCACCUUCGCCUCCGAGUUCCUGGAGUCCAGAUAUCUGUCCGAUGACGGAUAUCCGUUCCCCACGGCCCCACCAGUGGAUCCCUUUGCCAAGAUCAAAGUCAGCGACUGCGGAGUAACCAAAGGCUGCAUAAGGUACGGGAAGCCAGGGUGUGAUGCAGAGACGUGUGACUACUUUCUGAGUUAUCGUCGCAUUGGAACAGACGUGGAGUAUGAGAUGAGCGCAGACACAGACGGUUGGGUGGCCGUAGGGUUUUCCUCUGACAAGAAAAUGGGAGGAGAUGAUGUCAUGGGCUGCGUCCAUGAUGAUAACGGUCGUGUGCGGAUUCAUCACUUCUACAACGUCGGCCAGUGGGCCAAGGAGAUUAAGAGGAACCCGGCCAGAGAUGAGGAGGGCAUUUUUGAGAACAAUCGGGUGACCUGCCGUUUCAAACGGCCGCUGUACGUCCCCAGAGAGGAAACACUUGUGGACUUACACCUGUCGUGGUAUUACCUGUUUGCAUGGGGUCCUGCCAUUCAAGGUUCCAUCACGAGGCAUGACAUCGACAGUCCGCCAGUCAGCGACCACAUGAUCAGUAUCUAUAAGUAUGAAGACAUCUUCAUGCCUUCCACAGCUUACCAGACCUUCAACUCUCCCCUCUGCUUACUGCUCAUAGUAGCUCUCACCUUCUACCUACUAAUGGGAACACCAUAAUCAAGGAUCGCAGAGCACAGAGUGGAGAAAAAAAGGGGAACAGAAGAUGAGGCAGCAAUAAAAAAAAGUUGCCAUUUUUGUUAGAUGCCACAUUCAAGUGUGCACUUUGCACAAAUAGACACAGUAUUAGAUAUAUUAAAAAAUGAUAGAGAAUGUACUGUAUAUUCAUUACUCUGAUCUCAUACAGAGGCACUUGACAAAUUAUUAAGAUCUAUAUUGUAGAGGUGUCCUGUACUGGUGUCAGUACAAAAGCAUUAUAGUAUAAAUAGGCCAAUUAUUUUCAGUAUUUAUGAUAGCUAGUAUUUUAAAAAAUAUUAGGAGUACACAUGCCAAUAAAUAAAUCUCAUAAGUCUUCGAAAACACUGCAUGCACUGGAAAAUCUGGGAAUGAUUUCAAAAAUCCACUGUUCACUGAUGGCGAGAAGACAGUGCCUCAUGUUGAACUUGGCUAAAAGACAAAGGUUUUCUGAGGACAAAAGAAACCAAACAGCUCCCAGCCUUUUGCACACACUCUUCCUGUCCCUUUACUCAUGCUUAAAAAGAAAAAAUGAUGUUUAUUUGCUGGUUUGUAACAUUAAAAUGUAGUUUCCAAGGUUUGAGGAACCGGCCACUGUAUGCAUUUACCAUUUAGAGAUUUUCAUUAACUUUUUAGUUGUUUUUAUUUUUGUUUGGCUCAACUUACUUUUCCUUAAAGAGCUUUUUUCCCACCUUUCCCCCCACAGUGGCUCUUGGGUUAGUUUAUCAGUACUGUGGCACUGUGACUGUGUUGAACAAACAGAGAGAGACUGCUACAUGAGUGACUAUUGCCUAAACAGGCAACAACACACGGAACAGGAACAAACUGGGGACUGAAGAACAUUUUGCUUGGGCUUUGGACAAAUUUUUUCCCCAGGUUGUUAUUGUAGCCUUUUGAU